AUGAAGUUCACCGCUCUUAUCACCGCGGGCUUGCUCUCUGCCUCUGCACUUGCCAAGCAGGCCGCCUACAAGUACGAGCGACUUGACAAGAACGAUGCUGUCCUCCUCGUUGUUGAUAUUCAGGAAGGUCUCUACCAGUUGACCAGGGAUUGGGAUCCUACUCUUUACCACCACCAGGCUAUGGCCCAUGCUGCUCUUGGCCAGGCCUUUGACAUGCCUGUUAUCCUGACCACCUCUGCCGAUCAGGGCCCCAACGGCCCUCUCAUGCGAGAGAUCCGCCAGAUGUACCCUAAGGCGCCACUCGUCCAGCGCCAAGGCCAAGUCAACGCCUGGGACAGCGAAGAGUUCCGUGACGCCAUCCGCGCCACCAACAAGUCCCAGGUCAUUCUCGCCGGCAUCACCACCGACGUCUGCACCACCUUCCUCGCCCUGUCUCUGCGCGACGCCGGCUUCUCCGUCUGGGCCAACAUGGAAGCCUCAGGCACCACCACGGAGCUCAUCCGCGACGUGUCCAACGACCGCAUGCGCGACGCCGGCGUGCAGGUUGUCAGUUUGUUCUCCAUCGUCUGCGAGCUCAUGCGCGAUUGGCGAAACAAGCCUGGUGCUGCUGAGAUCUACCCCUGGCUCGGAAAGUACUACCCUGCUGCUGGAUAUAUGGCUCGUGGUCACGCUGCCGCUAUUUCCAACGGCACUAUCCAGCCUGGUGAAGAAGGAUACACCCACUACCCUUAA